AUGUUUAUGCCAUUUACAUAUUCAUCAGAAAUGCAACUUUCAAGACAAUUUUGUUCUUAUUGUACUUGUCAUGGUUAUAUUCGUCGACGAAUAAAUUCAUUAAAUACUUAUUUGAUGAUAUAUUUCAUUUUAUUUUCUAUAAUGAUCUAUUAUCAUUCAUUAACAUCUUCAAAAACAACUCAAUUUGAUAUUCAAUCAUCAUCAUCAUCAUCAUCUUCUUCUUCUAAUCGAAUAAUGUAUGUAAUUCGAACAAGUUCAAAAUUUUAUACAACUCGUUUAAAAUAUCUUCUUCAAACAUGGAUAUUAUUAGUUAAUGAACAUGUUUAUUUUAUAACAGAUAAAAUUCUACCAAAUAUAUCAUAUAAUCAUUUUAUUCUAACAGAAAAAAUAUGUGGUCAUGAAAAACAUGCUAUGAAUACAUUAUGUUGUAAAACAGCACAUGAUUUUAUAUUUUUUCAUCGUUAUCUAACUAAAUAUGAUUGGUUUUGUCAUUUUGAUGAUGAUCAAUAUGUUAAUAUUAAUAAUUUAGAAAAAUAUUUAUCUACAUUAAAUUUUAAUCGUCCAUAUUAUAUUGGACGUAAUUCAUGGUCUAAACCACUUAAUCGAUUAAAACAACCAUAUCCAUAUCCAUUUUGGUUUGCUACAUUAGGUGCUGGUGUAUGUUUAUCAAAAUAUUUAGUUCAUUUACUUGAACCUUAUACUAGAAAUAUUUCAAAAUUUAUUAAUGGUUGUUUAAAAGAAAAUUAUCAUGAUGAUAUAUAUUUAGGUUUUCUUAUAUCUGCUUAUCUUAAUGUAACAUUAACAAAAAAUAUUCGUUUUCAUUCACAUUUAGAAAAAGAUUUUUAUAAAGAUAAACAAAAAUUUUUCAAAAUAUUUACUGAACAAAUAACAUUUGGCUUUUUUUAUCCUUAUAAUUAUCCAAAUUUUCUUCCAAAUUUUUAUCAAUCUCAUUUAGAUCGUUCACAUAUACGUACACUUCAUUGUCUAUUAUAUCCAUAUAUAUUUGAAUGUCAAAUAAAAAUACGUCAAUAUCUUUUAAAUAUGACGAAAUAA